AUGUUCACAGAUGUCUCAGGAUUUACGAAUCUGACCGAGAGUCUCUCAAAAUUGGGAAACGAGGGGCCAGAAUUAACAGCCUUCGUAAUCAAUAGAUAUAUGGAAUUACUAGUAAAGGCAAUAAGUUAAAGUGGAGGUGACAUUCUAAAGUUCGCUGGAGAUGCCAUGAUUGUUGUAUGGCCUCCUUCUUACAAAACGGACAUCGUUUAGGUGCAUGAAGAGCUUCGUUUGACUUGCAGAAUGGCACUUUAAAAUGCAUUGGACAUCCAAAAUAAAUUAAAUGAUACAUGCAUAUUGCCAGAUUUGAAAUUGUCAGUAAAAAUAGGAUUUGGAAUUGGAGACAUCAAUAUUAUCUAUGUGGGAGGAGUGUACAAUCGAUCUGAAUAUUUAGCAACAGGAGAACCAUUGUUGCAAGCAUUCUAAAGUGAACAUUGUGCUACCAAAGGAGGAGAAACUAUAAUAUCAAAGGAAGUCUAUGAAUUUGUAAAAGAUUACUUCACAUUUGAAACCAUCAAUCACGAAAAUAAAUAGUUUUAUCAAGUUAAGAAAUUGAAUGCCUACAGCAAAGUUAAAUUAAAAGCAGAGGCAACUCUCAUCAAAAAUUCAAUCAUUUUGAAUCCUAAAAUAUAGCAAUAAUUAGCAAUGUUUGUACCUGCAGCACUUAAGCCAUAUAUGGAAAUAGGGUUGGAGAGGUGGGGCAGUGAAUUAAGAAGAGUAACUACGAUGUUCAUCAAUUUGAGUAUAGAUUUAUCAGAUGCCAAAACAGACUCAGGGUUACAGAGGAUACAAAAUGUAAUCAAGACUGUUCAAUAUUGUGUCUAUACAUUUGAAGGUUCUCUAAAUAAACUAUUAAUGGAUGACAAAGGUUCUACAUGUAUUGCAGUGUUUGGAUUACCACCUGUAAGUCAUCAGAAUGAUCCAGUGAGAGCCAUUUAAUCAGCAUUUCUACUAGAGUCAGAUUUGAAAAAGAUCAAAUGCAAAGUUGCAAUUGGAAUUUCCACUGGGAUAGCAUACUGUGGAGUCGUAGGAACUUCAGGGAGUCGGAGAGAAUAUUCAGUGUUGGGAGAUUGUGUUAAUUUGGCUGCUAGAUUGAUGUAAAUUGCAACUUAACCAUUUUCACCCUGUAUCUUAAUAGAUUAGACCAGUGCAAGUGAUGCCUAGACUAAGAUCUAAUCCAUUUUUUGGAGUGAAAGGAAAGUUAAAGGAAAGGAAAAAGGAGUAUUGAUAUAUGAACCCUUAACUUUGUAGGAGGAUUUUAAGAAGAUAAAAGAUAUCAAUACUCAUCUUGAAUUUAGAAUGAUGAAUACUCAAUCUAUGGUUAGCCUAUCCAACUUUAAUUCUACCUUCUCAUCAAAAUCACUUCAAUAUCACAAUAACCUUUAAUCAGUUAUCGUGUUUGAUAAAUAUCAUAGUCAUUGUAGAGAAUAUGAUGAGGAACUUUAACCAGUAGGCAGAAAAUAGGAGAUUAAUUAGAUAAAGAAUUUUAUACAAAAAUUUUUAGAUGAAUUCAAAAAAAACAAACAUGUUCAAAAUAGAUUGGUGUUAAUUAAAGGUGAAUAUGGGAUUGGUAAAUCAUUUUUAGCCAAAACGGUGCUCAAAAACAUUGAGUCCUUACAAAAUAAGGAAGCCCUUUUGGAAAUUAUGAUAUCAUCAUUGAAUCCAUCCAGUCGAUCAAAAUUGUUAAAUUCUAUUAAAAUUAUUCUCAGAAAUAUUUUUCUUUCCUAUGCAUAGAGAUUAAACAAGGCUGCUAAUAUUGAAUUAAUUUAAUAAAUUUACGAGUGUGAUUCUCAUUUAGCAAAUAUUAUUAGUUAAGUGUUGAGUCUCACUGUAAAUGAUAUCAAAGCCAAUACAAUUAGGGAGGAUUUAACUUUAGCAAAAUCAAUCAAAAAGUUUGUUUAUAGACUCUUCAGCUUGUAUUUAGAACAAGAAUAAGGAUAAAUCUAAAAUGAGAUGCAAAAUGAGGAUUAAAUAUAGGAAUACUAUUCUCAAGCCCUUAUAAUAAUGAUUGACGAUAUGCAAGACACUGAUGAUGGAUCAUUAUAUCUUUUGAAAUCUAUUCUCAAAAACUUUAAAAAUAUUUUAGUUGUUGGUUGCAUCAGGAAUAAAUUUAAGGAGUUUUCCUUUUUUGAUAAUUCUAAUAAUUAAUCUGAUAGCUAAUCAGAAUUUUUAACUAAAAUGAUAAAAUAGCAAACAAACAAUUUGACAAUCAAUUUGAAAGGACUUAAAUAGACUGAGUAGUUGUAAGAUUUAUUUGAAAAGUUUUUCAAGAUCAAAUCUUUUGUUUGUAUGGAAGAAGAUUAAAAAAAUCAGGAUUAAACAAUGUUUGCACGCAGGAAACGAACAUCCUCUAUAGACGAUAUUUAUGAAAUGGUUGAAUUACUGAAAAAAGUCAGAGAUCCAUUAAUGUUUUGGGAGUCAAAGCCUGAAUUAGAAGAGAUGGAUUUCAAUUCUGUUUGUAUUAAUUAUUUGUAUGUGAUUACAUGUGGCCAUCCCUUGAAAGUGAUCUAUCUAAUGAAACAUUUAUUGAAUAAUCAUUACAUAAUACUUGAUGAGUAAAGAAAUCUAGGAAUGGCUUCAAAGAAAUUCCGCACUCUUAUUAAACAUGAAGAAUGGUUAGACAUUGACUCUCCUUUGAUGGCUGUUUAAAUAAAUGGUCCUUAUAUUGACAAAUUAACUGCAUUACAGUAAUUAAUAUUAAAAUAAGCUUGUGUAAUUGGAGAUAUAUUUGACAUAUAAACGUUGAAUUAUGUGAAUCCAUUUAAAGAUUUUAUUAAACAAAAACUCUUAAUAAAUGAAUUGAACUCUCUUUAUGAAUAAGGUCUAUUAGACAUUUUGAAUAUGGAAGUGGAAAAUAUUUAUUAUAGAUUUUCUUAUUCAUUUUUUAGAGAGACAAUCUAUCAAAGAAUGACUUACGCAUAAAGAAGACAAGCCCAUAAAAAUGUUGCUUUGGCAUUAUAGAAAAUCCCUCAACCCUUUGAUUAUCAUAAUAACAAAGAGUACACUAGAAUGCAAUACCAUUGGACCUAAGCGUAAAAUAGAAAUUCAGUAAUUGUAGAUGAAGGCACUUUGUUACCAAAAUUGACACUGUAUGAAAAGAAAUAAUUGAUAAUAAAAAAGAUUAAAUAAUUAUUAGAUUAAAAUCGAAGAAAUGUGCUAUUGAAAUCUGGAUAUAUCAACAAAAGAUCUGAGAAGGGGUUGUAAUGGAACUGGCGGUUUUGUGUCAUAUCAAGUGAAUGUUUAAUUGUUUCCCAAGAGGAUGACAAUCCUGAACAUAUUUUAACUAUUUACUUGAAACACAUUCAACUCAUAGAGAGGGAGUUUAACUCCUAAUAUUUUACUUUAACUGUCACUACUUCUUAAUGGAGCAGAGGGAACCAAGUAUUUGAGAAUUAUAGAAAAGUUUAAUUUGCCCUUGAGACAGAAGAUGAAUUGAAUGAAUGGGUUACGUAUUUAGAAUUUGCUAAGGCUUAUGCUAUUUAUAUGGAUUUUGUAAACAAUUUUGGAAAAAUCUCAUUCCCAUUGUCAUCAAAUGAAUAUGAUUUUCAAUUGAAAAGCGAAUUGCAACACGACAACAGAAGAAUUGCAAGAUUAGGUUUGAUCGAUUCUAGCAUGGGAAGUGAGAAAAUUUAGGUGAGACAUACAAAAGCAUCGACAAGCAGACCUACCAUGUAAAGAAAGCAUAAGCCAAGAAAGUCAAGUUUGUUUGCUGAUGGAUAUAGAGGGAGUACUUCAAGUUCUCAAUAGAAUACUUCAUUAUAACAGCAGAAAGGAUACGAUUAAUCGGAAUUAGUAUUGAAUAUUAAGACUUUACUAUUAAACGCCCAGUUGUAAUUGUUAGCUCUGAUCGUGAAUAAGGCUACUAGUUAAAAGUAGAUUGUUUUGGGAUAAAAACUUUUUUGA